AUGGCCUUUGAGGAUCUCCUACCUUUAGUAGGACAUAAGGGAAGAUUCCAGAUACUUCAAGCUCUUUCUUUGGCUGUUGCUCUAAUAUUUUUAGGUACCCAUUUUCUGAUAGAGAACAUCACUGCCUUUGUCCCUGAGCACAGGUGCUGGACUCCCUUGCUUGACAAUACCUCGGCUUUGCUCAAUGUCAGUGGGAACCUUAAUUUUAGCUCCCUACUAAAGUUUUCCAUCCCCCUGGAUUCCAAUGGGAAACUAGAGAAGUGUUGCCGAUUCUUCUGGCCACAGGGGCAGCCCUUGCUUGCAAAUGUCACAGGACAAAACCUGAGCCAGCUGGAGAUGGAGCCAUGUGUGGAUGGCUGGGUUUACGACCAAAGCACCAUCACUUCUUCCAUUGUGACUGAGUGGGACCUGGUGUGUGACUCCUGGACACUGACAUCCUUGUCUCAGUCACUAUUCCUUGCUGGAAUUCUGAUGGGAUAUCUCAUAGGAGGCUAUCUCUCAGACAGGUUUGGGCGAAAACGCACACUGUCUCCAAGCUUCUUCACGUUGGCUGUCUCCAGCACUGGGGUUGCCUUUGCCCCAUCAUUCCAGGUUUACUGUUGUUGUCGCUUCCUGCUUGGAUUUUCGAUAUCAGGAGUCCUACUUGGUGGUGGAUCACUGAUUAUGGAAUGGAGCACGACCCAACACCGGCACCUGGUAGCUAUCAUGUUAAGUAUGUCCAUAAGCCUGGGGCAUCUGUUUCUUGGGUUUCUGACUUAUGGCAUCAAGGACUGGCGCAAACUCCAGCUGGUAGUGUCUGUUCCCUUAUUUGCCUUCUUCUUGAUCACUUGGUGGUUGCCAGAGUCUCCUAGAUGGCUGAUUGUCCACAACAAAUACAAUGAUGCCUUAAAGGUGCUCAGAAAAGUUUCAAAAAUCAAUGGAGUAAAGGAGCAGAGCGUGACUGCGGAGGCUUUGAGAUCCACCAUGGGGAAGGAGGUGGAUGCAGCACCGAGCAGUUACACCAUAUUGGAUUUGGUUCGAUUCCCCAUCCUCUGUAAAAGGACCCUCUGUGUGUCCUUUAAAAGAUUCUCAAUAGGAAUGCUUUUUUAUGGACUCUCUCUGGAUCUUCAGAACUUGGGGCACAAUAUUCAAAUGCUCCAGGUCAUUUUAGGAGCUUCCAACUUCCUCAGCAGGUUUGGGACCUUGUUUAUCAUGAACUGCCUUGGUCGUCGAACAAUAGUGGUGGCUUCCUUCCUCCUUCCUGGACUCUUCAUACUUUCCAGUACAUUUUUGCCUCAAGGAAUUUUGCAUGCAGUUUUGGCAAUGCUGGCAAUCAACUGUAUUGUGGUCUGCAUUUCCUGUGAUAAUGUCUAUUCUGUCGAGCUCCUACCCACAGUAGUCAGGAACAAGUGCAUGGGACUCAGCCUCACAAUAGAUCGGCUCGGGGCAAUGCUGGCCCCAAUGAUCAAUAUGCUCAAGCACAACAUUCCAGCCAUGCCCCAGAUCAUCUUUGCAAUCAUGGCCAUCACUUCCAGCCUAAUAGUCUUCUUCUUCCUCCCUGAAACUAAGAACAAGCCAAUGCCUGACACCAUCCAAGAUCUAGAAUGUGGACAUUCAAGAGAAGAAGCAAGACCAAGAGAUGAGGGUGAGACUCUGGUGAAAAUAAACCAAUCUGAGGAUUGCUCCAGGAGGCUGAUUGAGAAUAAGACGACUGUAGUCUAA